GGAGCGGUCGCUGUUUCACUCGUGUCUUGCUUGUGCUGCUGCUACCUUCAGGUUAGCUCGACCUUGCCCGCCUGAGCGCCGGUAACCGCCAUUCUCUCAGCAGAGCUACAACUGACUGUUAGCCAUUGCUGUAGUGUGAUGUCUAUUAGGAGCUAGCAGCAUUGGAAUGAAUCUGCCACUCAGUGUGUCCUAACCUUUCCAAGAUCCGAGCUGCAGUGAGCUUGUGGGAUAGAAGAUUUGCGUGACAAAUCUCAAGUCUGCUUUUCAGGAAGACAGCUGUUCAGAACUCCUCUGAAAAUGGCAGAAGCUCAUCAAGCAGUAGCUUUUCAAUUUACAGUAACACCAGAUGGGAUUGACUUGCGAAUGAGCCAUGAGGCACUCAGACAAAUUUACCUAUCUGGCGUCCAUUCAUGGAAGAAAAAGUUCAUCAGAUUCAAGGCACUUGUAAAACUCUUCUCAGGACGUAAACCCAUGUUAUACAGUUUCCAGACAUCUUUACCACGAUUGCCAGUUCCAGCUGUUAAAGACACAGUCAAUAGGUAUCUGGAAUCAGUUCGGCCACUUAUGGAUGACGAAGAGUUCAGAAGAAUGGAGGGUCUUGCCAAAGAUUUUGCAUUUAAUUUGGGACCAAGGCUUCAGUGGUAUUUGAAGCUAAAAUCCUGGUGGGCCACAAACUAUGUUAGUGAUUGGUGGGAAGAGUAUAUCUACCUUAGAGGACGUGGACCGAUUAUGGUUAAUAGUAACUAUUUUGCGAUGGACUUCCUUAACUUAUCACCAACAACCCUGCAGGCAGCUAGAGCUGGUAAUGUUAUCCAUGCCAUCCUGCUCUAUCGGAAAAAACUGGACAGACAAGAAAUCAAGCCAAUUCUUCUGAUGGGAUCUACUGUUCCACUCUGCUCAGCUCAGUGGGAACGGAUGUUUAAUACCUCCCGUAUCCCGGGAGAGGAAUCAGAUACUCUCCAGCAUGUGAAAGACAGCAAACACAUUGUUGUGUAUCAUAAGGGCCGUUACUUCAAAGUGUGGCUGUACCAUGAUGGUAGACUGUUGAAACCCCGAGAAAUCGAACAACAGAUGCAAAGAAUUCUUGAUGAUGAUUCAGAGCCUCAGGCUGGUGAACAGAAACUAGCAGCUCUUACUGCAGGAGAUAGAGUACCAUGGGCUAAAGCUCGACAGGCUUAUUUUAGCCGUGGAAAGAACAAACAGUCCUUAGAUGCUGUUGAAAAAGCAGCAUUUUUUGUGACGUUGGAUGACGUUGAGCAAGGGUACAGGAAAGAAGAUCCAGUGAGGUCACUGGAUGCAUACGCAAAAUCCUUAAUACAUGGCAGAUGUUAUGACAGGUGGUUUGAUAAAACAUUCACGCUUAUAGUAUUCAAAAAUGGCAGAAUGGGUCUGAAUGCAGAGCACUCUUGGGCAGAUGCUCCUAUUGUUGGACACCUGUGGGAGAAUGUAAUGGCAACUGAGUAUCUUGAACUGGGCUAUUCAGAAGAUGGGCAUUGCAAAGGAGAUACCAAUAAAAAUAUUCCUAUUCCUACCAAACUGCAGUGGGAAAUUCCAGAAGCAUGUCAAGAAGUGAUUGAGAGGUCUUUGAGCACUGCUACAGCUCUGGCAGAUGAUGUGGACUUCUAUUCAUUUUUCUUUGAUACUUUUGGGAAAGGACUAAUAAAGAAAGCAAAAACCAGCCCUGAUGCCUUCGUGCAACUUGCCCUGCAGCUUGCUCACUAUCGGGACAUGGGAAAAUUUUCUUUAACAUACGAAGCCUCUAUGACACGCUUGUUCAGAGAAGGCAGGACCGAAACUGUUCGUUCGUGCACUAUUGAAUCAUGUAAUUUUGUUCAAACCAUGGAAGACCCAACUGAAAGUAAUGAAAAUAAGCUUAAGUUCUUUCGACUUGCUGCUGCCAAACAUCAGCACUUAUAUCGUCUUGCCAUGACUGGUGCUGGCAUUGACCGCCAUCUGUUCUGCCUUUAUGUUGUGUCAAAGUACCUUGCUGUAGAUUCUCCUUUCCUUAAGGAAGUUUUGUCAGAGCCUUGGAGGCUGUCAACAAGUCAGACACCACAGCAACACAUUGAUCUGAAGAAGAACCCUGAGAUGUUAUCUAGUGGUGGAGGAUUUGGACCGGUGGCUGAUGAUGGUUAUGGUGUUUCUUAUAUUAUCUUGGAUGAAAAUUCCAUCCAUUUUCAUGUCUCCAGCAAAAUAUCUUGUUCUGAGACGGUAAGGGUCAGUCCUUUCCUAUGGUUUAAUAAAUCUGUUCUGAUAUCUGAUUAUAAAACUGUUCUACUCAUUGUCUAAAAAAAUUUAGUAGGACUUGCAACAUAGUUAUGUGUGUUUUCUUUCUCAGCAUAUUGCUGUUUUGUUGGGGGUUUUUUGUCUCCACCUGUAUAAAUUUAAUAGAUUUAUAAACCAAGAAAAACAUAUUCUAUUUCACUUAUGCAUGUGGCCCAAGGUAAUCUUCACAUAUGUGUGGUUCCCUGGAACUCAUGCAAAAUGACUUAUAUCUGUCCCAUAAAUAGUAAGAUGGAUGUCUCCUGUUUUUUGUUAUUGCAGUUCUGCUUUGAUUUGUCUCUGGCUGUAGUUGUAAAGGCAGAGUAAAUUGUAUGCUCCCUAUUCUUUAAAUCUUCUUCCUGUAAGUUGUAAUCUGUGCUUGAGAAAUAUAGUCAAUCAAAAAAUUAUUAAAAUAACACCCAUUAGAAUGUAGUAGAUGUCAUCUAUUCAAUAUCCUGCUGUUGCAGAGGUCUACUUUGAGUGAGCUUCAAUUCAUUCUUCCCUUUCAGAUUUUUUUUAUGACUUUACUAAACAUGCUGAGUUUGUUAAGGAUUACAUAGCUGAACUAGUUUUCCUCUUUUAACCUUAACUUGUUGGAGAGAUCUUGGUGCCUUUGGUUAAUCAUUAAAGAUUAGGAAAUACAACUUUGUUUUUUCAUAGUUCAAAUUGUUCUUCAGAUCCCUGUUAGCUUGUACUUUAAAUAUCCCUGUAUUUUUUACUUAGUAGUGAAGUCAAAGGCCCAUACAGAAAAGGCAGUAUUUCAUGUGCAUGGCCUUGAUAUUCGUAGGGUGUUUAGAGCAGGUCCUGUAAUGUAGCUAAUAAUCUAUAUUUGUAAUCUUAAUUUCUUCCUUGCACCAUUAAUCUGACACUUAGAAUAAACGGAUCAAGUUCAUAGUUUGUUUACACUUAGAUAAUUGUGAUUUUCAUUUUCAAUACUUCAUGUAAUUUUUCAAUGGCAAAAGAAUCGGGAUUCUAAUAGGAACUCAAAAAAUGUUUUUCUGCUCUUUUAGUACUUCUAGGUCAUUAGUGAUACACUUUCUGAAUAUUCUUUUGUCUUCUGAAAAUUAGCUUUUGCAAAAUCUUGUAUAAAAAAGCAAUACCAAACGCCACCUAUUUUAAAGUAACAGAAAGGUAUAGAUUCAUCUGAUUUCAAAAGGAGAUGAUCUCAAUUCUGUCUGUAGGAAAGUAAAUGCACAAUGAAGAACUCGUCAGUAAUAGCAUAAACUUGGAUUAAUUUGUAUAGUAUUAACAUUUUUGUAGUUUAAAUUCCACGUUUUAUGGUAAAAUACAUGCCUUAAUUCUAUGAGCUCCAAAAUUACAAUGUGUUAAAAGGAUCCUUCUUUUGCUUAAAAGAUAACUGUUGAUUGAUAGUACGAGUCUUUGGUUUUGUUUUUUGUUUGUUUGUUUUCAAAGGAUUCUCAUCGUUUUGGAAAAAACAUCCAAAAAGCAAUGGUUGACAUCAUGGGUUUAUUUAACCUUAGUAAAAACUGUACUAAGUGAUUUGCCUUAUUGGUGCCAAGCAAUCUCCUGUUGUUGGGAUGAGAACUCUUCUGAACAGUGAAUGAGAGCAAGGUUUGUCAAACAGUAGAUGGCGAAGAAACUGAAUCAAGAUCUUCUUGAUCACCUGCGGAAACCUUAGCAGUGUAUCGAAUGUUUCUUCUUUUUGUUUUUUUCAGUAGUGUUGGAAGAGUUUAUUUCCACAAAGGAUGACUUUUGAAAUCUUGUAUGUUUCUAGGGAUGAAGUAUAGUAUCAUUGCAUGAGGUCAUGUAUAUUCUAACUCCUGCAGCUUUCUCUUAAUUUGUAUACACUUGUUCUUAUUUUACUUAAAAUUAGUUUACUUUGUAUUCCAGAAUCAAAGGGAUAAACGACACCGUCUUAAAGUCAAAUACUAGAAAAAGUUCCAUUUGCUAUGUAUUAAUAGCAGAAUGUUCUUCAAUGUAUCUGCUGCUUUAUGUCAAUGAAUGACAAAACUUGUGGCUGUUUACCUUCAUUGUUUUUUGUUUUGGUUUUGCUUUAUUUUUAAAGAUAACUUCUGUAAAACAUUAAAAAAAAAAAAUCCCUGAUAUAACCCACAAUAACAUACGAAGUUAUAGAAAUUUUGGGGGUUUUGGGGAAAAAAAAAAAUCAGGUAGUGAGUGUUACAUUGGGUAGUAAAACGUGUUACCUAAUUAGCAGGUAUCACAUUUUUCUUAUUACUUUCAAGCAUGUUUGCCAUAUCAUUGAUUUUUAUUUCUGUAUAAAUAAAUGGACCUGCUGUGCUUGUACAUGCAAGUGCCUUAGAAAAAGAAAGAUCCUAAACCCAGGAAAAUAGCUUAUGCUGGGAGUUGGUUUUACAUUGUCUUAGUGGUGAAGGAGGUGAAGUAGUAGUAAUGCAGAUCUAGUUUUCAAAUUAUAAGUUAGGUUGAUGUGGUAUAAGUAGACUUGAAUAUGUUGCCAUAUGGUGCAGUUAGGCUUAAAGCUGUGAUGAAAUGCUGCCAUCUGAAAUGGUAAAAAUCAUUCCCGAUGAAAUGCAGGAGUAACUUUUUCAGAGCUACAGAUACUCAUGUGUUUAUUUUGGUGAAUGCUAUUGGUGGUCAUUUGAGGUAAGAGUUUCUGGGUCCUAGGGAAUGUCAAUUUAGUUAAUGCAACCUGUUGGAUAGUCUACAAAGCAAGGCUGCCUGUAGAGACUGAUCAAUUGCAUACAGUUUGCCUGCUUUCAGCCUGGAAGGACCACUACUACAUUGCCAACCAUCUGCAUGAGAAAAGCAAACUAAUAAAACGGUGGAAAAUAGCUCCAGAAUGGGAAAAUCCUGGCCUUCUCAAACCCCUCCUGGGAGACGCUCUUGGUCAAGCAGUUUCUGAACAGUACAAAGAGGAAGGGGAAAGCUGUUUCACUCAAACAGGAGCAUAAUGUUUCCAAGUGUAGAAAUAAAACAGCUACUAGAAAAUGGAGCAACUUUGUGUGCUAUUCUUCUCUUCCCAGGCUUUAUAGGUGCAGUUACUUUUUACAUCCUGCAGUGCAGUAAACUGUACCUGUUAGCACCAAUUUGUUUUUUUUUUAAUGUAAGGUACAUGGUGUUUAGUAAUACAGUGAAUGCUGCUCCAGAGCUAUGCUGAUUUUAAAAGGCCUUUGGUGUUGAUAUAAAACUUCCCAUUAGACUUAGAAUGUUUUCUGGCCAGUAUUUCUAACUUCUGUGCCUCUUCAUGUUGUUUUGAUGUUUUUCUUCUUUGAUCUAGCUAUUAAAACACCUGUGUAUGUACGUUUGAGGUGGGAAGCCUCAAAGAUCCCAGAUGCAUACUUAUGCAAAUGCAUGCUUACAUAAAUGUAGGGAAACCCUCACAGAAAUUGGCUAAGGACACUCAUCAUUUGAUUAGGUACAGCAUGUGGGAAAGGACACUUUGAAAUAAGCUUUACUGUGGCUGGCAGGCCUGGCAUUUAUCAAACAACUCCCAACAAUUUUACAGUGAUCUAUUCUUUUGGAACUGCAGAAAUAAUGCAUUGUUUUGGUUUGGUUUUUUUUUAUUGACCACUGACCAAUCUGUGCUUAAAUUAACAUUAGGGCAUAUUAGUUUGUAGGAUUUUCUUUUUUAAAAAAAAAAGUUUAGAUUUGACUCUCAGGUUUUAAAUGUUUCAAGUCUAAUUGUAGUUAAUGCAGUUAUCAAUGCAAUUUUACAUUCUUAAAGAGUAAGUAUAAUUGGCACAGAAAGUUAGGUUUUAUUGUAAAUGUUUUAAACAUUUUUGUGGUGUUAAAUGUUUGUUUGUUUUUUUUUAAUUUGGGAUAGAUCAUAAUUCCUAAACAGAUAAGAUUUUAUUGUGUCAAGAGCAUGUAAAUAAAAUACGCUUUUUGGAUGUAAAUCUUAGAAAUCCACAGUGAUUGUAGCGUAUAUUAAUUUAAAUCUUAAUGUUCAAUAUUGUGUACAUAGAGUAAAACUGCUUGCUUUUUUGUUCAAAAGCCAUAGGAAUGUAACUGAAAUUACCUAGAUUUUAAUGAACCUUCUAAUACAGUGUACUUUAUAAAGUAAAAUGUUCAUAUUCCAGAAAAACUAUUAAUUUGUUACUAAAACCUUGAAUCACUUAUUCUCAAUUAGUGAUUUAAGAGCUCAAAAUUAGGGUUGAGUAGGCAGUAAAAGGUUGGAUGAUAAUUGACCUGUUUAUUAAAUAGCAGUGUGGAAUUAGUGGAAUACCUCAAAUGUGCAUUUUCCAAAUUUCUUAUUUAAACUAUUUCAUGCCAGAAAUUAAGACAGCUUUAAGUGCAUUUAGAGGCUUCCAUUGUCCAGGAUUAACACCAUUCCAAACUAAAUAUUCUUUUAAGGGUUGGGUUUUUUGAGGGACAAAGGAAGUGUAUGCCUGAUCUUGAAAUUCAUGGUUCUAAUUCAGCCUUCAUACCAAUUAUUUUCUCAUAUAAAAUAUAUUAAUUUAAGUUAGUUGUUUGGAUUUAUCUUCUUCAAUUACUCUACAUCUAUGGUUGGUUAUUUACAUCCAACACUUUGUCUCUAUUUUCUAACUUCUUCUGUGACUUCAAAAAAUAAAAUAAAAUUUCACAAUUACUCCUACU